GGGCGCGGAGGGAGCAGCAGGGGCGCGCGCGGCGCGAGGCUGAGCUCAGAGCGCGUGGAGCGAGGCUCCUGGAGGAGCGCGAACAGCGCGGGGGUCGCGCCGCACCGCCAGGAGCUCAGGAUCCUCGGAGUCUGCGGACCGAGGAAGUGGGAGCCGCAGAGACCGCCACCACCUGGUCAACAGGAGCCGCGCUCCCGCUAGGAGGGCCAUGCAGCGCCCGGCCCCGGGAGCUCGGCCGCGGUCGGGGCAGCGCUUCUCUGGCGCCCCGGCACGCGCGGCCGCAGCUGCGCGCCUCCUCAGGGGGCUGCGAUGGGAUCAAAGCCAUGAAUGGUACCACCCCAGGCCCGGCCACCGCCGCCACCCCAGCCCCGGUCCCCGACUGGCGGCAGUUUUGCGAGCUACAUGCGCAGGUGGCCGCCGUGGACUUUGCGCACAAGUUCUGCCGUUUCCUGCGUGACAACCCCACCUACGACACGCCCGACGCAGGGACCUCGUUCUCCCGCCACUUUGCAGCCAACUUCUUGGACAUCUUCAGCGAAGAGGUGCGCCGCGUGCUGGUGUCUGGGCCGGUGACACUGGGGACACCAGCGGAGUGCACAGACGCCAUGGAGCCUGAGCCUGCAGUGACCUCGGCGUUCAAGGCUGCAGCCUAUGGUCACUCCCGGAGCUCCGAGGACGUGUCUGCACAUGCGGCCACCAAAGCCCGGGUCCGCAAGGGCUUCUCGCUUCGCAACAUGAGCCUGUGCGUGGUAGACGGAGUGCGCGACUUGUGGCAUCGCCGCGCGUCUCCGGAACCAGAUGCUGGGGCCACCCCGAGGGCCGCCGAGCCACCCAUUGAGGCUCGUGACAAGUGGACACGACGCCUGCGGCUGGCCCGGACUCUGGCGGCCAAGGUGGAGUUGGUGGACAUUCAGCGCGAGGGAGCGCUGCGCUUCAUGGUGGCUGACGAUGCGGCUGCAGGACCAGGGGGUGCAGCACAGUGGCAGAAGUGUCGCCUGCUCCUGCGGAGGGCUGUGGCGGGGGAACGCUUCCGCCUGGAGUUCUUCGUGCCACCCAAGGCUUCCAGACCCAAGGUCAGCAUCCCCCUGUCAGCCAUCAUCGAGGUCCGAACCACCAUGCCCCUGGAAAUGCCAGAGAAGGACAACACAUUUGUGCUCAAGGUAGAGAACGGAGCAGAGUACAUCCUGGAGACCAUAGACUCGCUGCAGAAACACUCAUGGGUGGCUGACAUCCAGGGCUGUGUGGAUCCUGGAGACAGUGAGGAAGACACAGAUCUGUCCUGUACACAGGGAGGCUGUCUGGCCAGCCAAGUAGCCUCCUGCAGCUGCGAACUCCUGACAGACGGAGACCUGUCCCGGCCCUCAGAAACAACAACAGCCAUGGGUGCAGUGGUGACAGCCCCACAUGGCCGGGCUCGGGAUGCUGUUGGAGAGUCCCUGGCACAUGUCCCUCUGGAGACCUUCCUGCAGACCCUGGAGUCACCAGGUGGCAGCGACAACAAUAAUGCAGGGGAGGAAGGACCAGAGCCGGAAUCUGAGGCAGAAGCUGGGCAGGAGCUCUCCGACUACCCCUGGUUCCACGGGACACUGUCCCGAGUAAAGGCCGCUCAGCUGGUGCUGGCUGGUGGACCCCGGAGCCAUGGCCUCUUUGUGAUCCGCCAAAGCGAGACAAGACCUGGGGAGUAUGUCCUGACCUUCAACUUCCAGGGCAAGGCCAAGCAUCUUCGCCUCUCUCUGAAUGGCCAAGGCCAGUGCCACGUCCAGCACCUGUGGUUCCAGUCUGUGCUUGACAUGCUCCGACACUUCCACACACACCCCAUUCCCCUGGAGUCAGGAGGCUCGGCAGAUAUCACCCUCCGGAGCUAUGUGCGAGCACAGGGCCCUCUGUCUGACCCAGGACCAUCACCCAGCCCUGCAGCCCCAGUCCCCACUUGCUGGACUGAGCCAACCAGCCAGCACUACUUUUCUAGUCUGGUGACAGCCUCCUACCCACCAGCCUCACCCUCGGAUGGUACUGUAGCUUCAUCAUCAUCUGCCUCAUCGUCCUCAGCUGUGUCUGUGCCCACUCGUCCCGCCGAGGGGCCGCUUGGUGCACGCAGCCGCAGCAACAGCGGAGAGCGCCUGCUGGAGGCUGCAGCUGGUGCCACUGAGGAGCCCCCGGAGGCCACCCCAGGCCGUGCACGUGCAGUGGAGAACCAGUACUCCUUUUACUAACUGGCAUGCGCAGAUCCAUGGAGGGCCACGCCUCCUCAUGGUCAGUUCAGCCCAUGACAUCCCCGCCCACUGACAGCGGCCCCACCCACCAACAGCCUGACCCACCCCAUGGUGAUCAGCUACAUCUAACAAUGGCUGGCCAUGCCUAGUGGCUUCAGGCCACACCCACUGGCAGUCAGUCAUGCCAACUGUGGCACAGCCCUGUCUGUCCACUGAUGGUCCACUACACCCAUCUGUAGCUGGCCAUGCCCAUUGUGGUGGAUCAAACCCAGGACAACCCAUGCAAUGAUGGCUAGCCACGCCUAGUGAUUUCAGGCCCUAUCCACUGAUAGUGAUCACACUAGGAUGGCUAGAGCCACCAAGCUGAUGGGCAGCUGGCCACACUUAUCUGUGGUAGGUCAAAUCUUUUAAUGGCUCUCUCCCUAACAGCCAUGCCUAGCCAAUUUAUGCUCUGUCCAGAUGGUUGGCUGCACCCCUCGUGGCAAGACCCACCCACAGACUGCCCACCAAACCUAUCAAGCAGCAAGCCAGGCCUAUUCAUGGUCCAAAAGCCCAUGAAAGCUUACCCACUGAUGCCUAACCUCCCACACUCACCAGUGGCCAGUCACACCAACUAACAGCCACUCCUACAGGGGCACCACCUAUUCACUGAUGGUGGUUGGUGUCUACAGAUGGCUGGCCCCUCCCACUGAUGGCCCACCACAUCCAUCAACAGCAGGAUACCCCUGCAGGUUGGUCACCAAGCACAGGACAACCUGCCAUUCCCACCAGCCCCAGCCCAGUGCUGGGGGAAAAGCGAAGCUCUUCAAUGAAGACAUAAAUGUUAUUAAAGAGCCUGUUUUAGGGACUACACCUGGCCCUCCUGUCCUUUCUACUACUCUCUCACUGGGCACCAAGGGGAAAGUGAUCUGUUGUAUUAUGGGAUUGUUACAAAGUCACACGCAUCCCAACGCAGUUCCAUUUUAGGAAGCUGGAAUAGAGACCAGUGCUGAGGGAGUCUGCUCAGGGGGCAAGGACAGGGGAGGUGGGAGAGAAAAGGGUGACUUCAAGAAUGAA